AAAACCACUAAAAUGGUGUGUGACUCCCAACACAUUUCAGUGAGCAAGCAGCAGCUUUCAAGCCCAGGUUUCACAAAUAAUUACCAGGUCUAUUGCACGAGGCUGUGGCAGCCAGUGUGGCACAGCACCACUCCCUUCAGAGGCAGCCUGUGGGUGGGCAGGAAUGAGGAAAAGCCACCCUAGGGCAGAGAGAGCCAGGACAAAGAAGUGUGUUGAGAGGCAAAGCAAAGCGUGGCAGGGUGUUUGAGCAGAGGUGGGGAAGGAGGUGUGAGUUCUGCUGGCUGCUGGGGUGAGUUUAUCACCUUUUGCUGCUCCCAGCCUCACCAUUUCUGUAGGAAAUCUGAUAGCAACAUGCUGAUGGCUGGCCCCUAAGGCCUAAGAAUAUGUAGCUUUGACUGCAGAGGAGCAACAAAAGCCUGUGUUGGGCUCAAUACUGUGCCACCACCUUGUAGCAUUUGCCUCUCAUUUCUGGUGUUAAACCCAAGCACAGUUCCUGGCUUGAAGUUAGGAAUAUCCUAACACAGGGAAAUUGAGGAAAUUAUUUGGGAGAGAGUGUGAGCAACCGUUGUGCAAUUCAGAGCACCAAAAUAAAACACUUGUGUUUUUGCCUCUCAGACAAUUCAGUGGCGGGUGGGAGUCCGGCCUUCUGAACUAAUGCGUAAAAAGGCUUCACAGAUCACUGGAAACUUGCUUUCUCUGAGCAAUAAACAUAGCAGAGACUGUGAUUAAAGAACACUGAUGGGCUGUAAAGCAGUAACCAAGCAAGUGUUAAACAGCAGGACUGGGAUUUGCAGGCUCAGGGGAGCAAGUGACUGGGCAGGCAGGGUCUGUUCCAGGCACCCACAGAGGUGAAAGCCCUCUCCUAGAGGGGAUGACAGCAUGAAUUAUGGUGAGUGUGCCCUUUUGUUGUUGAUUCUGAGUGAUUUGGAAUUAAUUUAGAGCUAGGAAUAAAUAAAAAUCUUAAAAACACUUCCAGAAAAUGGGAUAAACUUGUUUCCUGUUGAAAUGCUGCUGAAAUAUAAUCAGAUAUUCAAUCACAAUUUACUGGGAACAAUAACACUAAUGAGCUCUCAGAAUUGCCAGGAGCCAUAAUUACUAAUGAGCUAUAAGAAUUAACAAGCUUGAUUCUACUCUCAUUGAAAUGAAGGCCUUUGUCAGCAGCAGCAGCAAACCAUGUCUUAGGUGGUUAUUUCUCUGGGAACUGUUAAUGGGCUUGACUGAGCUCAUUAGUAUAUUUGAACAAAGAACAGAUACAAAAACAGUCAUUAGAUUAAGUAUAGAUUCUAUGCAUUGGAGCCCAUAGCUUGUUCAUCCUUCAAAGGGAUCCAAGCUGUAAUGCUCAGUGUGGCAACUUGAUCUUAUCUACCACAGGGCAUGUGGAGCAGGUAUGCUACUACUUUGGAGUAGAUAUGCUGAUAAAUACUAAACCAGUACCACUCCAGAAAAGUAUGUUCAGGAAAAAGACUGAGAACAGCUGGCCCAAUGUCACAAUGAAGAAAUCUGAGCUUUUAUUUUUUGCUCUGAAAUCUUUUAGCACUUGCAAAGAUCAAUAAAAUACUGUUCUGCAAAAUUAUUCUUGGUUCCAACAGUACAGUGUUAGAUUCAAAAGCUGCCUCCUUAGAUGCUUGUACUUGAUAUAUUUUUCAUUUCUCUGUUACUUUAAAAUCAAAAACUCCAACAUUCUCUGCUAUCUUCCAUCUUGACUUCUGCCAAAAAAUCAGGAAUAGCACCACAGCAAUAGUUAAUCUAUGUAGAGGCAAGUUUAUUUUGGUUUUGAUUUUUCUUUAUUUGGCAACAUUUUCAAAUUUGCUGUGCUCCUGACUUUCUGGUGACAGAAAGUGAUCUUAGAAAGAUGCAAAAAACUUUUCUUCACUUGGCUUCAGACGUCCAGAGCUAAGUAGGGAUGAACUGCAGAGACACAAGACACAGGAGUGUCCAUCCCAGCUUGUGGCUUUCUUGCAGUAGGGCACUCUGCGACAGCACAUGCUUUACUUUUCUACAGCAGAGCAGGAAGAGUUUAAAAACAUCACUGAUGUCAUGCCAAACUUCUUCAAGGAACCGAGGUCUUUGUGCAUAAUAGUGGUAUCCCGGUUGAUUCAUAAAACUCAGCCUCUUUGCCAGCUGCAUCUGUGAUUGUCCCACCCAAACACUGCCACUUGCCAUCCCACACCACCACACACUCUUCUGGACUGCUUGCUGCUUUCCGUGCAACAGGAAAUUCUGGGCUGCUUUCCAACAGACCCCAGUUAAGAUGUCAGGAACAUCAAGGCAUGAUCAAGAAAUGAUGAGGAAAGCAAAAGCAAGCCUGUCCAAAACCACUGACCCUUUGGAAAAACUUCGCCUCCAAUGUUUAGCAAAGGGAUCUGCAGGCAUCAAAGGACUUGGAAGAGUAUUUAGGAUUAUUGAUAAUAACAGCACAAGAACCCUUGAUUUCAAAGAGUUUCUGAGAGGACUACAAAUUUACUCUGUGACGAUUGAUGAGGAAGAAGCAAAAGAGGUUUUCCGGCUAUUUGAUAAAGAUGGCAGUGGAAAAAUUGAUUUUGAUGAAUUUAUUGUGACACUGAGACCUCCCAUGUCCAAUGCAAGAAAAGAAGUUGUCCUGAAGGCAUUUCAGAAGUUAGACAAGACUGGAGAUGGUGUCAUAACAGUCGACGACUUACGCGGAGUGUACAGUGGACGACGUCACCCCAAGUAUUUAAACGGAGACUGGACAGAAGACCAAGUCUUUAGAGCCUUUCUGGACAAUUUUGAGUCACCCUAUGACAGAGAUGGGAAGGUCACAACAGAUGAGUUCAUGAACUACUAUGCUGGAGUAAGCGCUUCAAUUGACACAGAUGUGUACUUUAUCCUCAUGAUGAAGAAUGCUUGGAACCUCUGAUCAUACAAUUAAAGAAUGGUUUAUGACCAAGGAAUCACUUGUGGAACUCCCUUGGAAAUGAAGAACUCAUAGCUUUCUUACCUUCUUAAUAAAGAUUGGGAACCUACCCUUCUUGUCAUACAAAUGAGACUGUCUCUGUUCAUCUUUUGUCCUUUGUCCAUACAGAUGGGGAGAAAUGGUACACAAAGAAAA